CAACCCCCCUUGUCAAACUUUGUUAAUUUUUUUUUUCUUAGUAUCAAAGUAUUAUCAAAGUUCUUCACUGCCUAUACGAGAGAUAAACCGUAGUACUUCAAGUACCCUAUUGUGUGAAUACCCUCUUUUUUAACCUUCUGCCGGUUUCUUCGUCUUAACCGUGUUUAACAAGUUUAACAAGUUUAACAACAAGCUUCGACUAUCCGAACAAUUACCUUCCUUCGUCAACCGUCAUUCCAUUUGUUUGAUCUUUGAUACCCCCCAUCCUCUUCGCUCCUCUUUCCCAUUCUCUCUAAACAAUCUUUCUAAUGAUUUUGAUUUGAUUCUCUUUCCUCUAACCUGAACACAUUUCUCUCCCCUACCCCAGCCGUUACAGACUUAGCUAGACUAUCCACACUCACGAUUUAGCGACGACUGGGUCUAAAUCCAAAUUCCUAAAACCACAACGGGAAAGAUUCUGUAUGAAACGGUCGUUCAAACUAUCAUUUUCCUUCCUUUCUAGGUCCACCCGCAACAAGCUCCCGCUUGUUCUUUAGUCACCCACAACGAUAGAAACGAAUCAAUUCUUGUGAUCCCAUUCCUCCGUCGUCCGUCCGUAUCCGCGCGCGAAGUUAGACCCCAACUACACACCCUUCUACUCUCUACCGCCUCAUGCGGUUGACCGAUCCGAAGCCACGCAGCCACGGUGCGACCACCCGUUCCAAUGCCCUGGCAACCCUUGCCUCGUAUCGCCUUCGCCGUCGCGACCUACCCCUUCGAGACCAAGAACGAAAAUGAACUCCCCCUAGAGAUCGGCGACGAUUUAUAUAUUAUUGAAGAGUCAUCCGAUGGCCAAUGGCUGCGGGGGUACCUGCUGGCGCCACCUUCACUUCUAGCAGGCCUUACUUCCGUCAAGGGCCAACCUCUCGAGGCUCGUGUUUUCUCUGGCAUUUUUCCACGUAGUUGCGUCGAAAUUCGCGAGGUGCUAGGUGACGAUGAAAACUCGGACAAUAGUAGCAAUUACCAAGUCGACGACGAUGCGCCACAAGUAGGUAGUGACUCUGGGAAGAGUGGAGUGGCUUCGAGCACCCGAAAAUCAUACCUUAGGGAGGUAGAGGGUGGAAGUAGGACACUUCGACAAAAUGGUGCUAUAUUGGGUGGGACGGUUGCCCGCAUACCCGAACUGAAGAUACGCGAACCUGGUGCGCCCAAGCCGGCCGCGCCAGUUCCGAUGCUUCGGCUAGGAGACGAGACCCCUACAUCUACUAUGGAACCUUUGAUAGAUGAGAUCGCGUCGUGUCUGCGCGAGUGGCACUCCACAAAUUUCCACGAGCUGCUACUUACCAGGCAGUAUUCCAAGCUUGACAAGGUCUCGCAAUUAAUCCAAACCCUGGAUCUAUCAAGAAGGCAAUUCCUCCAUAACCUCCUUACGACCCGCGAGUACAAUGCGCUUCGAGAAAAGACAGUUUGGGAUCUAGUUAGGGGUAAUAAGCUUUGUGGAGGAGAGGUCAUAGUACGGGAUCCUGAGGAAAGGGGUAGGGUUCUGACCGGUGACGACUCGGUGGUAGAAAUUACCAAGUUGCAGUCGGUUAUGAGCUUGUUGGACGAACCCCCGCAGCCACACGUUGAAUUAUCGGCGUUGCACCACUUGAUGGUCGAUAUCAGGAGUUUUGCUGGCUCUUCCAAUGAGCCGACGACGUUAGUGUUGUACCUUGUCAGCAAAUCGGUUGGAGGAACUUUGACGACGCUUUCGGAAAGCUACAUGAUUGAGGUUCCGUCUGGUGGCACAAUGGGUUAUUUGACUAGGAAUCCCCAGAUGCGCACCCUUUUCACCGAUCUUACUUCUGCUGAUAUCGGUGAUGGGCCUUCUGCUGACUCGGAAUUAUACUUGAUUGUCAAGGUCCGCUCGCCACAGCAAAUCGUCAUGGGCAAACCAAUCUCAAGAUCAGGAUCAUUUGGCCAACCCAAUACGCCAUUUUCGAAAGACAAGCCCCCUUCGUCCAGUGGUCCCAAGACUUCUAGGAGAAGUUUGAUGUGGGGUACUACAAGGUCCGCAUUCUCUCGAGGAGGCACGAAACUCGACGCCUUAUCCGAACAGCCAGAAGAACGACCAAGAACGGAUAAUCUCGAGAGCAGAGAUGGCGGGAUGCCCCCUAGUACUGCGGGCUCGAGGGCACCACGACCAUCUGUAGAUGGACCACAGCCAACCCAGAUGCUAGCGGAUAGAAUGGUGGGUAUGGGUGUCCUAAGUCUAAAUUCGAUCAUGAAACAAGACGAAGAAUCGGAACACGUAGUGACGGUCUGGUCACCCUCUGCGAAAUUCACCGCUGAAAAAUACGAUACCGCGGAAGGAUGGGAUGGUCUAGUUCGCGAUCUCUUGGAAAGCAAGUCGGGUCACUACGAAAAAUCUAGAAGGGCAGAACGGUUACAAAUACACCUCAAAGCUUUCAAUAGUCCCGAUGCAGAUGCUCUUAUCAAGGCGACGCCUACUUUGCUUGCCGGUAUUAGCAAAACUAGCAAGAUGGGAUUCUCCGGUGCCCCGACAAAACCCCGAUCCGACAUCUACGUGACCGUUAACGAAGCUCUCUUGGCUCGACAAAACUUGAUUUCUCGCUUCGGAGCUAGUGCCACGACUUUAUCAAGUAAUGUACAUGGCACAAAUUUAAUGGUUUCUCUAGAGGUACGGCGGCAAUCAGGAGAACGCAUUGAAGACUGCAUAUACCCUUCCUCAAAUCUAGAACCUCUCACAACAUGGCGUUCGUUUGCUGUGGAGCGCGGUGAGCAUUGGGACCAGACCCUUCGCCUUUCGCUUUUGCCCUCCGACGUCAGCGUGGCUCAUGUUGUAUUCACUGUUUCUGACUUACCCGGCACGCCUUUUGCAAUUGCUUAUAUGCCACUAUGGGACCAGCAAGCAUUUUUGGGUGACGGCCCACAUUCUUUACUUCUCUAUAAGUUGGACGAGUAUACACAAACUGCACAAGCUGGUACCGCUGGCCGGGGUGGAUACCUUUCUCUUCCUUGGGGUGCCCGUAGUGACUCGAGCGAAGUCACCGGCCCACUUGCUACCCUUCGGAUUGAGACGUAUCUUUGUAGUACAAGAUUUUCUCAGGACCGAAUAGUCCUUGGUCUGCUCAAAUGGAAAGAAGGUCCACGGGAUGAAAUUCCGUCACUAUUGAAACAGUUAAUAUUCGUACCCGAGAUUGAGGUAGUGAAACUGCUAAGCGAUGUUCUGGACGCACUUUUUGGUAUUCUAGUUGAGUAUCAGGGAAACGAUGAAUACGAGGACCUUGUUUUCACCGCUCUCGUCCGCGUACUCGGAAUAGUGCACGACCGCCGAUUCAACCUCGGUCCUCUGGUUGACCACUAUGCGGAGAGCAAGUUCAACUAUCCUUUCGCGACGCCCUGCCUCGUACGAUCUUUUACACGAUUGUUAACGAAGCCAACGGAGUCAGAGACUGCCCGAAAGUUGCGAGCCACUCUCAAAGUUGUACGUCAUAUUCUCAAGUUCAUCACGCAUGCAAGAGGCCAGCAGAAGGUUAAAGAGGCUGGGAUCGGUAUCACGGGUAGCACUGCUGGCUUUACUCGACAUCUACAAAGCAUCUUCAAAGCCCUUGAUUCAAUGAUGAGAAGUACUGCGCCUGUUUUGGUCGGCAGUCAGACGUUAGCUGUACAACAUUUCCAUACCUGGCUACCAGAACUCACCGGAUUGCUUACGACUGAAGAAAUACUUCACAUUGCCAUUGACUUUAUGGACUCAUGCGCCUUGGUCAAGGGUAAGCUCGUAUUAUACAAGCUUGUUCUAAUCAUUAAUUACUCCAAAUUGGAUCUUUUCGCUGGCCCAGAACAACGUUCUGCCCUCAGCGCAAAUACAGUGAGAUGGAUCGCACCUCAUUGGGGACGAGUAGAUGAGGUUACAGAGCAAUGGAAGGAACAAGUUCGUCUCUGCUGCUCGGUACUUGCUAGCCAAGUUGAUCAUCUUAACUCCGAAAUCCCUGAUUACAUACCGAAGAUUGUUGGCUCCUACUUGUCUAUACAAGCUACAGAGCUGAAACCCAAGAACCGAUUCUCACUUCUCUUCCCUACCACAUAUCCCUUCCCAAGCAAACAAAUACCCGGAGAAGCUGUACAGUUUGACGAAGCUUUGAUCGAAUUGUCGGCUAUCCUAUCUGCGCUUUCGAACUCACCAAAUGGAAUGCAACUUGAGCUAGCUGCGGAGGACCUUACGACUCUUCUCAAAAAUACCCUUACCGUAUAUAUGAGUAUCCUACAAGGCGAAGCUUUCCCAUCAAGUUGGCUUAGCGUGUACAUAUACCACCAUAAAUCCACUAUGAGGACGCUACAAUAUCUUGCGAGUAUUUUGCUAGAAUCAUUUCUACCGCAUCCCGAUGAAGCUGAAGACUUUGAUACGGAGCUAUGGCGAAUGUUUUUCUCUACAAUGCUGAAGCUUGUUGGUAGUGGGCACCUAGCACUAGAAACAUUCUCAGAACAGAAACGGCGAGCGGUUUGGAAGAUCGCGGGCGAUGUCAGAGAACAUGGUGCCGAAUUAUUACGAAGGACUUGGGAAGCCAUCGGCUGGGAAACUAGUCCCGACGAGAGAACACGAUAUGGCUUAACGAAGAUGGGAGGUUACCAAGUCCAAUACGUGCCUACACUCGUUGGUCCUAUAGUUGAGCUUUGCCUAAGUGUUCAUGAGGGAUUAAGGAGAAUGGCCGUCGAAGUUCUCCAAACCAUGAUUGUUAGCGAGUGGACACUGAGCGAAGAUCUUUCCGUCAUCCAGACCGAGAUGAUUGAUUGCCUAGAUGGGUUCUUCAAAGACAAAACUAUGACGGAGAGUAUUUUACAAAAGCUGUUCGUCAGCGAGCUUCUUGAACGGUUCGAACCACUUUCGCAAAUCCCCGGGGACCCACUAUACACAGCUCUAAGGAGUUUGAUCGAAACUAUCGCGGAAUUCCUGGAUCUUCUUGUCGCCGUCCACAGUGGUGACAUCACAAGCGAGGCUUCUCAUCUAAUCAACCGCCUGCAGCUUAUGGAAUUCCUCAGAGAUAUGCAGAAGGAGGAGAUAUUCAUUCGAUAUGUCCAUCAAUUAGCAACGUUACAGUAUGAUGCUAGGAACCAUACUGAAGCUGGAUUGGCUCUUCGUCUCCAUGCAGAGCUAUACGAUUGGGAUCCUUCAAAGUUAACACCCGCCCUCCAAGAUCCGGAGUUCCAAGAGCAGUCGCAUUUCGAGCGUAAGGAGCGCAUCUAUUUCGACAUGAUCAAACAUUUCGAAGAUGGAGAAGCUUGGAGUAGUGCACUUGCCGCGUAUAAGGAACUGCAAGUUCAAUAUGAGACCAAUAUCUUCGACUUUGCGAAACUCGCAAGAACUGAAAGGGCUAUCGCGACCAUAUAUGAAAAACUCGCAAAGGGCGAUAAAUUGGUGCCAAAAUACUUCAAGGUUAUCUACAAGGGUCUUGGAUUCCCAUUGAGCCUACGCGACAAAACAUUCGUAUAUGAGGGAGCGCCUACUGAGCGUACAUCGGCAUUUACGGAUCGUAUGCAGGAACAAUACCCAGCCGCUCAAAUCCUUACGUCCAGUGACGUUGAUAGCGAGGUUGAAGGUCAAUACCUUGUCAUUUCAGUUCUUAGCCCGCAUCGUGACCUGAGUCACCAGGUCUUCCAACGUGCUCGAGUGCCACAACCUAUCCGAGAUUAUCUCUUAUCAGCUCAUGCUCAAAUGUUCUCGGUAUCCUCUAAGCGUAGUACCACUGGUCCUGUCGAUACACAUUAUGCUGAGAAGACCCUUUACACCACAGCUGAGCCCUUCCCGACAAUACUGCGUCGCAGUGAGAUUGUGGACGUGCGGACCAUUCGGUUGACUGCUAAGGAAACGGCCCUUGAGCGUAUCGUUCGAAAGACGCAAGAAAUGACAACAGUUGAGAAAAGAUUAGCCGAAGAUGAAGACGAAGAGAUCGCACAACUAAUGGCAGACGCAAUAAGCAUAUCGGUGAAUCCUAACUCCGAAAGCAGCGUGGCCUGUUACCGCGAACUCAUUCCUAUUGCUCAAUCCGAAGAGGAUGAGGAACCGGAGUUAGACCAACAAGAAAACGCAAUUAAGAUGGCCCUUGUCGAUCACGCAAUUAUGGUUAAAAGAUGUUUGACAAGCUUCGCUCGAAGCUCGAAUCCCGUCCUUUUGAAGGGCUACGAGGAUUCGUAUAAAUACUUCUUGUCUACAUUCGCGCCAGAAAUUGCCAUAUUUGCACCUACCCAGCCACCCCGCGAUAAUGGCUCGAACAUGUCGUCGCCAACUUGGCAGUUGGCCCCCGCCGCCGAAAAUACGCUUCCAGAAGCUAAGAUGGGCGUUCCAAUAGCAAGCCCCACCGGCGUAGUUGAGGAAGCGUCGGCGGCUCAGCCUAUAUCCAUGAGACAACGGGGAACCCGAUUGAGUUUCUUGGGUGGUAAGAAGAAAGAGUCGCAGCAAUCAAAUGGUGAUGCGUCGAGCCUGCAGCAAGGAAAGGGCGAUAGCGAUUCUAAUAGCCAAGUGAGCCGAGGCAAGGAUAAUCCAAAUCGACGAAGCAUCUUCCGCACUCAAUCGAGCGAUACCAAUAACAGUGGAAAUCCGUACGCUCAGCCGUUCCCGAAUGGUAUCGUGGAUCCUACCACGCCCGAUUGGGGGGUAGACCGAUCACGAAAGAGUAAAGAGAUAGUCGAUGUCCUGGAAAGAGAUCUUGAUAGACCUAACGAAGGGGUAAUGGGACUUAAUGCAGUCAGAAAAAGGCUGAGUAUCCUCAAGUUGGGAAAGAAGCCUAGCAAACCAAAUGGCUUCAUCAUGGGUGGCGUGAAUGAGGAGUAAUGGGAGAAAACAUUGGAGGAUUUUGGGUUGCUACAACGAAAAAAAUACAAUGGACACUGGACAAGUGAGGUUAUACCAAAUUUGGUGGAGCAGGAUAAUGAAUACCUAAGGUAGCUUGACGAUCAAAACUGGCGUUCUGGACUAUCAUUUGGAGGGAGAGGCGAAGUAGGCGCCGGAAUUGCUUGCUGUAUCGAAGCCAUUUACCCGCACUGACAGACUAUUUAGGUCUUGCUUUCUUCGCGGUUACUAUAUUUUUCUUCUCCAAUAAGGGCUGUUGCUGAUGAUGAUCUCUAUUUGGCCCAUAGAGAAUUUGUAGAGUUAUACAUUCUUGACAACGAGACUUCCGUUGUUAUUUUCAAUUCAAAAGGUGUCGGCAGGUGGUCGAGGUUAUGAUUUUAUCUAUGUUCUUUUACAUGCACUGAUGUAUAUAUGGUGUUUAAUUAAUAUUCGACAUCUCGAUGCCCUUUA